GACUUACAAAUGUCAAUUUGAAAGUUUGAAUGAAGUUCAUAAAAGCUCAAAUUCGCUUAUAUCAAAACAUAAAAACCUGCUACGGACUAAUAAGCAGGCCUAUGUCGAAAUCAAAUGAUAUAUUUUACGGGUCUCAUGAAAGCUAUAAAGGAGAAAAAUUAAUAUAUCCAGCAGCAACCAGGAAUCAAGAACCUAUAUUGCAGGUUUUAAAAAGGUUUAUAAUAAGUGAUUCAGAGAUUAUAAAUGAUGAGUGCCCCACUUUUGUUGAGAUAUCCUCAGGAUCUGGGCAGCAUUUGGCACAUUUUGCCCCACAUUUUCCAGGUGUUAAAUUUCAACCUAGUGAAGUUGAUGAAGAUUUAUUUGGAAGUAUAUCAAUAUAUGCUACAAACUGUCCAACAAAGAACAUUUUACAGCCAAUAUUGCUUGACAUAAGAAACAAUUUGUCAUUCUACGGAUUUGAAGAAAAUAGUAUUGAUUACAUGUACAAUGCCAAUAUGAUGCACAUAACUCCUUAUGAAUGUAGUGUAGGUUUAUUUGAAAAUGCUGGGAAAUAUUUGAAAUCGGAAGCUCUUAUGAUAACCUAUGGACCUUAUAGUAAGGAUGGAGUCAUAACACCUCAGAGCAAUAUUGACUUUGAUAUUUCUCUCAAACAAAGAGAUCCACUUUGGGGUCUAAGAGAUAUUAAUGAUUUAGUUAGAAUAGGAGAGGAUAAUAAUCUUUCUUUGAUAGAUACAGUAGAAAUGCCUUCAAAUAACAAGACAUUGAUAUGGAAAAAAGACUGAAGUAAAAUGUUUCUUGACAAAACAGUGUAUUAUAAUCUCAGUAUUACAAUCUCAGUACUUUUUUUAAGAUUUCAUGGCCCAUUAAUGGGAUGUUUAAGCCAAUCACAGUAUUACAAUAUGAAUCUCUGUUUAAUAGUAUUGUAUUUUAGCCUCAAGUUAAUGCAUUUUUUUAUAACUUUUUUGCUUGUAGUCUGUUAUUGUUCUAAAUUGUUAUUGAAAUUUUAGAUUUAUAUAACUUACAU